UCAGUCUAGUCCCAAACUCAGUCAUUCCUACGGAGCGAAGACUCCUCCAUCAGAAAUUUUAGUGUUUUCGCGCGAUACACGCUUCUUGCUAAUCGGCUCAAUCGUUUCUUAAUCCUGACACACAGAGAAUCCUUGUCAUCGACCACCUGUUCCUCCUGAGAUCCUUAUCCUCUUUCACGCAGUACAUCUCGCAUCCUAGUACUCUGAAACAAUUUUACAUUCUUUUACCAUAAGAACUUAGGAAUUCAAAAAUGUGUUAGUGAUUCUAAGAUUUUCAGAGCUUCUCGAGCCUUCCUUACCUACCUCUUUUGCGUCCGUUCUCGAGGACGAGUCAAAAAGAAAAUGUCUGAACGUCAAAAGGACUACGUCGAGGAAGAUCCUGAGCUUCUAGGGGAUAUCCUAGAGUAAUCAACCGAGCGGCUCAUUCCACGUGCUCGAGAAUGUCGAUUCCUGGAGCGCUGUAGCCAAACGGAAUAGCUGUCGAUGGGUGUCCGCAGAAAAGGCUCCGGAGGGGGUCGCGGGAGUGCUGGUGUUCUAAAAGAACGUGCCAACAUGGCCUUCAUGCUGGUGGUCAUGUUCUUCGCCGUAUUUGGUCUCAUCGUACUUACGGAAAUAUUCCUAAUAAACGAUCGUCCUGGCUCCAAUCUGGGCGGCACAGGAGCAUUGGGUGGUCAUAGGAAUGGUCACAGAUUGGCUCUUCCUCCGGAUCGACCUGACUACGAGGAGAUUGGCGCCGAGGAUUAUGCGGGACUGAAGGGUGGCUUUGAUGAGCACGUGGGCCUUCUGGUGCGUGGGGACGAAAGCGCUAAACUCGCUGUACCCUCGGAUCCUCGGACGUUACCCAGUUUACCACCUAGCUUGGAAGCUCGGCUACCACAACUCGACCGAAGUUUGAAACUCACUAAUGCCGAAUGGCUUCCGGUUACCAAUACAAGAUACAAGUUCUUCGUAUACUCUGCUUACUACGAUGACAGAGGAGGAAGUCCCAAUGGAUUGGUCAGGGUGAUUGGUGCGACGAAGACGAGAGGGCCAGAGCGUGUGUGGUGCAGAUUCUGGUACAGGACAAAGUACGGGGGAAAUACCACAACUUCAGUAACAGUAGCAGCCAAAGUCAAGGUGAUCAGAGAGAAUUGGAACCUUAAGUACAGUGCUUGUUUCGUUAUUUGUCCCUUACCGAAAGAAUCGCCAGCCUCGGGCAAGGUUCCACAUUCUGUAAGUGUCGUAGCAAGGCUAAGAGCUCCACCAACGAAUCACAUCCUGGUGCAGAAUCGUCCUGACGAUAGACCCAAGAUCAGAGAAUCUUUGGCCAUCUGCGUAAAACCCUUGCACUACAAUUACAAUAGAGUUCUGCAGCUGGUGGAAUUUAUAGAGCUUCACAGACUUCUGGGUGCGACUCAUAUCACUCUAUAUAACGACACCCUUGGCGUAGAAGCAGGCUGCACCCUUAGGGAAUAUGAGCGACAAGGUUGGAUUACUUUGUUACCUUGGCAUCACCUGGAUAUGAUAUCCCAAAGAGAAAUCCGUACGGAGGGACUUUUUGCAGCCCUGAACGAUUGUCUCUACAGGUCCAUGUACAAGUAUGAUUACGUUGCACUCCUGGACCUUGACGAGUUCAUAAUUCCUAGACACAACUACACCAUACCUGAUCUUAUGAAGUGGACAAACAGUCGCAUCAAUAUAAAAUCCGCGGGAGCGUAUUCCUUUCAGAAUGCAUUUUUCUAUCUUCAAUGGGCAGACGAUCCCAACGUGGCACUUAGCCGAACACCAACCGAAGCAGGACUAAUUACCCUGAGAAAGACUCGUCGCAGAAUGAAACUACAUCCACAUAAACAACGUUCUAAAUACGUUUGCAAACCGGAGUACGUGGUCGAGGCUGGGAACCAUUUCGUCUGGGAGUUUAUUCCCGGUCACAAUACACUGAAUGUUCCAUCGGAUGCAGGAAUACUCCACCACUAUAGGGUCUGUGAAUUUGGAGGUGACGAUUGCAUCAAGACCUCCUCGGUGGUCGAUCGAACAGCCUACAAGUACCGGAACAAGCUCGGCCACAACGUUGCCAGGAAGUGGGACGAUCUUUUGGAGAAGUGUCCACUUCCGGAACUCGAGGCCAUUCCUGCACCCCGGGCUCAUCCAGAGACGAGCCCUGUGGCUAAGGUGGUUAGGUAGCAAAAGAUGACCGACGUCCUGUGGGAACUUGUCAACUUCACUGGUACACCCAAGUUGGCUAGGACUUACUUUUACAACUACAACAACCUCUGAGGCUUCAGGAAUAGACAGGAUCGGAUGGACCCGGUGAAUUCUCUUGGCUGACAAUGAGAUUGCAUCUCCCAAUCACAAUCAAUGGUGUCUUCUCUCGCAAUCUCUCCGUUUUCCAUUGGCUCGCUCUCUGCCUGUCUCUCUCUCUCUCUCUCUCUCUCUCUCUCUCUGAGAGUUUAUCUUUCACCUUGUUUACUCAAUGAGCUACAGCCACGAGAAUGAGGAUGCCUGGACGUCGGUACUGCAAGGGAAGGAACCAUCAUCAGGACAAACAGUUUUCGAACUGCAAGGAGAAGAACACGUUAGUUUAUGGUGAUUAAUAGUAUUUUUCUACGAGGAGGCGAUUAAGAUCUGAUGGCAUACGAACGCGAUUCUCUUUUUUCACACUCUGUGGUGCUUCUUCACGAUUUUAUAUAACUAAAAUAUGCAUAUCUAUACACAGAUAGACGUCGCGAGGACGAAUUUAUUGUUAAGGAGGAUACUUGAAUUGUAUCAUGUAUCCUCAUCUUUCCUUGUAAUCUGGUGAACAACUAGAAACAUGGAUAGCCUACUGAACUCGGACUAAUAAGCAACUAGAGACUAACUCAUCAACGAUAUUCGAAUAAUACUCUUCUCCUUUUUUCUUUCUUCUCUCCUCUUUCUUUCAUUUUCAUUUUUCCUGAUCGGUUAUAUAUUGAUCCUCAUCUCAGAAUCAGUCACACUUUCUGUUUCUAUAUUUUUCCUCUAUUCCUACCUUUUUUACAUAACUGACAAUUCGAAAACGCAUAUUUACCAAUACGAUUCGUACCUAGUUCUAGUACACGUAUGCAUAACAUGAUAAAUAGGCGAAUGUAAUUAGAGAAACUUUUAGCUCAAACACUUUAGUAUAUAUAUAUAUAUAUAUAUUGAUGCGUGCGUGGAUCCACCCGUAUAAAAGAAUAUUAAUGGUUUUGUCGUAUAAAAACAUUGCUCUAGAAAAAUUUUAUGUUAAAUAUCCGAUGGUAGAUUCACGCAGCGCUAAUAGGCACUACAGGAUUAAUCAUCGACAAAGUGGGACUGACGUGCGAAAUUCAUUAAACGUAGUACCAAGUGUAAAUAAUAACGAAAACGUGAAUUACGAAGUAUUAAGAAUCAAAGGAGAAAAGAUAUUGUUUGUGUAAACAAAUUUGGAAUCCUUCGAUACAGCCAAUAAUAAGGUAUUUCUAUUUCUUGUGGGUAAAAA